CGUUCCAAAUACCUCCCUUUACCCGAUGCUGCUGAUAACAUCAGGAUGGCUUUAAACUCAGGAUCAUCACCAGGUGUUGGGCCUUACUAUGAGAACCAUGGAUACCAGCCGGAAAGCUUGUACCCUCAGCAGCUGCCCACGGCUCCCCCUGCCUACGAGGUGUACCCCGCUCAGUACUACCCGCCCAUGGUGCCCCAGUACACCCCAAGGGUUCAGACGCACGCCUCGACACCUGUAAUCUACAGGCAGCCCAAACCUCCAUCCAGGACGGCGUGCACCUCAAAGACCAAGAAAGCCCUGUGCAUCACCUUCAGCCUGGCGGCCCUGCUGGCAGGAGCAAUCCUCGCUGCCGUCCUCCUCUGGAAGUACAUGGAGGACGAGUGCUCAGGGAUGGAGUGCGGCUCCUCCGGGACCUGUGUCAGCCCCUCUCUCUGGUGCGAUGGCAUUCUGCACUGCCCCGGUGGCGAGGACGAGAACCGCUGCGUUCGCCUCUAUGGACCGAACUUCAUCCUUCAGGUGUACUCAGCACAGAGGAAGUCCUGGCACCCCGUGUGCCAGGAUGACUGGAGUGAGAGCUACGGGAGGGCGGCCUGCCAGGACAUGGGCUACCGGAAUAGUUUUUAUUCUAGCCAAGGGAUAGCAGAUGACAGCGGAGCCACAAGCUUUAUGAAGCUGAACAUAAGUGCCAACAAUAUCGAUCUCUACAAAAAACUCUACCACAGCGAUGUCUGUUCUUCAAAAACAGUGGUUUCUUUACGCUGCAUAGAAUGCGGGGUCUCCGUGAAGACGAGUCGCCAGAGCCGGAUCGUGGGGGGAUCGAAUGCUUACUCGGGCGAAUGGCCCUGGCAGGUUAGCCUGCACGUGCAGGGCAUCCACGUCUGCGGGGGCUCCAUCAUCACCCCGGAGUGGAUCGUGACAGCCGCGCACUGUGUAGAGGAACCUCUUAACAAUCCCAAGAUAUGGGCGGCCUUUGCGGGAAUCUUGAAACAAUCUUACAUGUUCUAUGGAAAUGGAUACCGAGUAGCAAAAGUGAUUUCCCACCCAAAUUAUGAUUCCAAGACCAAGAACAAUGACAUCGCUCUAAUGAAGCUGCAGACGCCUCUGACUUUCAACGACAAAGUGAAGCCAGUGUGUCUGCCCAAUCCAGGCAUGAUGCUAGAGCCAACUCAGACCUGCUGGAUUUCCGGGUGGGGGGCCACCUACGAGAAAGGGAAGACCUCGGAUGACCUGAACGCGGCCAAGGUGCACCUCAUUGAGCCCUGGAAGUGCAACAGCAAGUAUAUGUACGACAACCUCAUCACGCCCGCCAUGAUCUGUGCAGGCUACCUGCAGGGCACCGUCGACUCCUGCCAGGGUGACAGUGGAGGUCCUCUGGUCACACAGAAGAGCAGUGUCUGGUGGCUGAUCGGAGACACGAGCUGGGGGUCGGGCUGUGCCAAGCCGUACCGACCAGGAGUGUACGGGAACGUGACAGUGUUCACAGACUGGAUCUAUCGACAAAUGAGGAUGUCAUUGCGUCAAACUCCUGGGGAUGGGCAGAAAGCAGAGUGA